AUGGAAACCGUGAAUAAAGUCGUUGGUGCAGCUACGGCUGCUAUUUGGGGCGAGGGCAGCAGCUCAGCCCAGCAGCAGUCGACCUCUCACGGUGACGAACCGGUCUCCGGAGUACAGGGCAAGGGAAGCCCGGAUGACCCCUACGAUGCGGGUAAUCGCGAUGCUCUUGAAGAACAACCCGGUGCUUCCAUUUCCGAAGCCAACACUGCUCCUCAGGAGCCACGACUAGACGGUGCCCAGUCAGAUCCCCUUCGCAAGGACCUUGUUGAGGGUACGAACGCAGAGGGAACUAACCCUACUUCGACCGUACUCAGGGCCGGCCUUACAUCUCCUGUCAAUAUGGUUCCAACUGCGAACUCGCCUGUGCCUGUCGAGGGUGCUGCUGUGAACUUGACCGCCUCGAACCCAAACCAAACUUCUGGGCCACUUCUGGGCUCGUCUGAGAUCUCUCCAGUGCCUGUUGAGGGCGGGCCCAUGACUUCCAUUCCCUCAAAUUCAGCCAACAUUCCCGCACCAGUGGACAUGACCUCGAGCGCCCUCCAACCCAUGCCUGUCGAGGGUGCCGCGGUGAGCUCAAAGGCAAACAUCGGCUCAUCCGAUUUGUCACCAGUGCCUGUUGAGGGCGCAGCCACCACCGCUCUUCCAUCGAGCUCAGGCCAAGUUCGAACAAGCGAGGGCACCACUCACACUGCCGAGCCCACCAAGACCGAGCAGCGUGUGUCCGAGAGCACUGAUAUUGCGAGUGGAAGCCCAGCGCAGAGUAGCAAUCCCUCCAAGACCAUCGGCCACCAGGAUGUCAGCGAAGAAGCUUUGAAAGGGCCGCAGAGCCUCGCGCCCGUCUCGGAAGAGAAGUUCGAAAAGGAGGCAGAAAAUGCGUCAGCCGCUCAGAAAGAGAAAGAACCCAGCCCCGACAAUAAGCAGGUAUAUAACGCCGCCGACAGCGCGGAUAAAUCAAGUCCCAAGACGAGCUCCGACCACGGAAAGCAGGGUACUUUGCACAAAUUGAAGGAGAAGUUGCACAAAGUUGCUCACCCUCACUCUGGAAGUCACUAG